AUGGCUUUCGGCUCAAGGGCGCUCCCGCAGGUCCCAGAGCAUCCUCCGCGCCACCCGUCCCGGCGGGACGUCGCCCCAGUCCCAGACAGAUACUCUCGGUGCCCCUCGCCCCCGCCCCCGCCCCCGGCGGGCUGCCCGGUCGGUGACUCACCUGCUGGCCAGGUUGGGGCGCCGGGUGGUAGUAGGCUGUGGGGCAGGUUGCAGCUGCCACAGGGUUGGGCAGAUACUGGGGCGCUCCAUACGGCUGGGGGUGAUACAUCACCUCCGCACAACUCAUGGCAGCCGGGGCAGCGGCGGCCCCCGAGCUGCCGCCGCCGAUCUACGCGCUCCGGCGACGGGCGCCGCCGCCACCGCCGUAGCUGCCUCCUCUGUCGCUGCUCCAGCUGCUACUGCGGCGAAGGCGGGUCCUGGGCGGCCGCGGGCUCCGCGCUGGGCGCGGGCUCGGGAGGGGUUGGCAAUCAGUGGGGGCCCAUGCGCGGGCACCUUCAUCUUCAGCCCCUCCGAAUGUCCCCUUGCCUGCGCUUAUAUAGCGGCUCCGGGACUCAGCGGCCCGCCGCGCGGCGGGGGCAUGACAGCGCCGGGCUCCGGCGAGGACAGCAGCACCCACCGCAGCUCCAGCCGCAGCCUCAGCCCUGGCCGGACAGCAGUGGUGCCCACCAGAGCGACAGAAGCAUGAGUGACAACAACCUGUUCCACCACAGACACCACCUUCCUGGAAUCUCAAAAAGACAGAGACAGACCAACUCCAAAGGUGAUGGUGGAAGUGGACAGGACAGGGCACAGAAAACUGCUCUCCUAUGCCUUCCUCAGUGUCUAACUCUCUAG